UGCGGCUUCGGGGCUCCCUGAUCGGCUCCAUCGGCUUGUAACGUCUGAAAGAUAGGCAUGUUCCACGUGGGGACAUGUCGUUAAGAGCUGUAUGCAUGUUCAUGCCGAGUUCAAGCGCGAGUCGCACGGUGUUCCAUCUCUGCCCUCUGUUUACCUUUCAGUCGGCGAAGAUCCCCAGGACGGGAACCGCCGCGGAGAGUCAGCACGCACCGACAGGACGGCCUCCGAAGACCCGACGCCGGCGUCUCAUGCGAACCAGAAUCGAAGCGUGGCCCCGACGGCCGCCGCGGUCCUGGACGACCUCUGGGAGGACGUGGACGAUCAGCUCACUCAGGAUGCUUCGUCGUCGCCGGUCAUAGAGCAAUGGGUGACGGUAACCGACGGCCACCUGCCGAGAUCCGCCGUGGCCGCGGGGUUCGACAACGGGUCGCUCUUGUACGCGGGCCGCGCCGAGCACCAGUCGUUUUGGACGCCCUGCCUUGUCGUGCGUGGGUCAAGGCCCUCUUGCCUGGUGAGUGUGGGCGAGGCGAUGGUCUCCCGGAUGCACUUCCAGUAUCUGCUGGAGACCGAUGGCCUGCUGUUCAGCUGGACCACGGCCGGUCGCGGCAGCGCCGUGCCGGACAACGCCGUCAGGGCAGACCAACGCGGCGGACAACUCGUCUUUGGAAGGAUUCCGGGCGCUCAUCUGGAUAAACCGUCUCCCGUGGGCCUGCUGAACCCGUUCAGGCGCAUGCUGUACGGUCCCGACAGCGGCGCGCCGAGGACGGUGCCGGCCUUCGAGGUGCUGUCCAAGCUCCCGGACCUGUACCCCAACGAGCGCUGGCUUCUCACUUCGACGGGCAUGAGCCCCCUCUGGGCAUUGGAAGCGGUCCCCCGACAGCGACGAAAAUCUCUCGUCGUCGGCAGAACCGCCAUUCGGGGACGUCUGCUGCCGUGCUCGGCUGACGACCGCGGCUGCCACGUGAUCGACCCGGAGAAGCAGUCGGGUCGCUGUCAGCUGGCGCUCACGUACGAGUACCUGGCCCUCUCUCGCGGCAUCCGGUACCGCUGGCAGCAGUUGAGGGCCCACGGACCGCUACCGUCCACCUAUGUGGUCAUAGGCCACACGGUCCAUGGGCUUCGACUGUCCGUCGGCAGAAGGACUACGGGGAACGGCACGGUGUUAGGCCUCGUCGUUUUUUCGAGGGCCACCAGAGUCCUGCCUAAGAUGAUGAGUUGCGACGUCGACCGCCGGAUUGUUGUCUUCGAGAGGAGCUUUCAGAUCCUCGUCAAGCUUCCCUCCAACGCUGUCUGAGGUUUUAUUUUUAGUUUUGUACGCUGCAAAAAGGUCAUCCAAAUACACAAAAAGAUCAGCACAUAAAUAUGCCGACGGCGCCACCAGCAUUAUAUGGUCAGCUGCACUCGGGGCGGUGGUCCGCUAUAUUCCUCUAGUGACGUCAGUGGGCGCCAUCCAAAAGCCCCCCGCCGUGCGAUGUUUUUACGUGUUCCCAACGUCUCCGAGUUCAAUUAUAAAACUGGCCGGACAUUCCGUGUGCACGAUGCUUCGCUCAAGUCCCAUCGUCCUAUUUGUAUCCUAGUGUCAUGUAACCAAUGAACUUUGUUGUUUAACAUAUAAUUUAAUAAAAAAAAAGAAUGCAUUGCCACGCACGACUUGUGGUUUGAACAUUUUAUUGGCGUAGGCUAGGGAAUCAGGUGGCGGCUAAUAGGUGAAUUUCGACAAUCUUGGAUGACAAUACAUAACCCCCCUCUUUCUCGUUUUUUUUUUACUUCCUAACUUUUCCUAUUUUUAAUGUUCCUUGUUCGUUGCUAUUCUAUUUUACU